AUGUCUGACGUUGAAGAACAAACUAUUGUCGAAGAAGUUGCCGUUGAACAAGUUGAAGCCGGUUCUAUCUCCAUUGAAGAUGCCUUAAAGGUUGUCUUAAGAACCUCUUUAGUUCACGAUGGUUUAGCCAGAGGUUUAAGAGAAGCUUCCAAGGCUUUAUCUAGAGGUGAAGCUCAAUUAUGUGUCUUAUGUGACUCUGUCACUGAAGAAUCAAUCAUUAAGUUGGUUGAAGCUUUAUGUAACGAACCAGAAGAACCAAUCCCAUUGAUCAAGGUCUCUGACGCCAAGUUAUUAGGUGAAUGGGCCGGUCUUUGUCAAUUAGACAGAGAAGGUAACGCCAGAAAGGUCGUUGGUGCUUCUUGUGUUGUUGUCAAGAACUGGGGUGCUGACUCUGACGAAAGAAACAUUUUGUUAGAGCACUUCUCUCAACAAUAA